UAAUGUUCGCCAUUCAGUCUGUGGUAGUUUUUUGCUGCGUUCAGUCGUGAACGCCAUUUUUAGACAAGAAAUUAACAUUGUGAAUCUUCAUCACUCCUAGAGAUAUUAAAGUUAUAAAAAUAUUUCAGAUAUCUCGUUGUAUUGUGAUAAAUUAAAGUAGCGGAAUUAGGUUAUUCAAGAAUUUCCCACGCAUGCCACGCUCUCUCUCACAAUGUGUAACAUAAAAAAGAAUGCCGUUUAGUGCAAGGUGAUCAUAUACAGAUUGGCAUUAAUACCACCCAGUGACGCCACCAUGGACCCCGGCCACUACGACACUCCUCGACAACAGAAUCCUAGAGAAAGGGCCAAUGUGUUAUCGAAGUUAUGUUUUUGGUACACGCGUGGCAUAUUCGUAAAAGGACAUAAAGGAGAACUAACUAUUUCUGAUCUGUACAGAUGCACGCCGGGGCACAGGGCGUCGCUGCGGGGCGACACGCUCGGUGCUAGUUGGAACUACGAGUUGACAAAACGAGAUAAUGGCGGCAAGGCGUCCUUGUUGAAAGCUAUAAUAUCAGUCUACGGCCUCAAGUUUAUUGUCGGAAAUUUAAUAUUUUCUUUAGUUGAAAGUACCAUAAGAUUGUCUAUACCGAUGUGUUUGGAGGGCAUGAUCAAAUACUUCUCCUCCCCGGACUCCGGCAUAUCGGAAUCCCAGGCCUAUCUCUACGCAUUUGGAGUAGUGGGGUUGCAGCUAGUGAACGCAAUUAUAAUGCAUCCAGUAUUCGUAUGGAUGUUAGCGAUGAGUAUGAAGUUGAGAGUGGCAUGUUCAUCGCUAAUUUAUAGAAAGCUGCUUAGACUAGACUUAUCAGUGGGUGGGCAGGCGUCGGAAGGUCUGGCGGGCCACGUCAUCAACUUGCUGACGACGGACGCACAGCGCUUCGACAUGGCCAUCCUCUUCCUCGUCGACUUGUUCCGCACGCCCAUAGAGAGCGCUUUCAUUGUCUAUCUCAUGUACCGGCAGAUUGGAGUCUCUACGCUAUUCGGUGUUGCCUUUCUGCUUCUCUUCAUACCACUACAAGGCUACCUCGGAACAAUCUCAAGCAAUCUGCGGCUCAAGACGACUGUGCUCACAGACCACCGCAUCCGGCUGAUGAACGAAGUGAUACAGAGCAUCGAGUCCAUCAAGAUGUACGCCUGGGAAAACGCCUUCGCCAAAAUCGUCGGUGAAGCCAGAAAACAAGAAAUGAAGAUAUUGAAGAAGAUGUGCUGGUUGCACGCAGUGAUGACGUCUUGUGUUAAAUUGAAUACAAAAGUUGCCAUAUUUAUUAGCAUUCUUACCUUCAUUUACUUUGAUAACGAUCUAACGGCGGCGAAGGUUUUCGUCAUAUUCUAUUAUUAUGAGAACCUCAAGUAUACUCUAGUGGAUUUCCUGCCGAUGGCGAUUGCUUUCGUGCUGGAAGCGUACGUGAGUGUGAAGAGGAUGCAGAAGUUCCUGCUGCUGCCAGAGGUCAGCAACAACGACGGCGUCAACUUGCUACGUAUUAAUGAGGAGUGCAAACCGGUGCACAAGAAUGGCGUCUAUGAAAAAGUUCACACUGAGUCACCAGAUGAAGACAAAUUCGAAUUGAAGACAAAAAGCGUAAAGUCCGACAUCCUAGUCAGGAUGGAAGACUAUUCUGUUAGCUGGAAGUCUUCUGAUGAUGAAGAGAACUAUAUACCAGCACUCACAGAUAUCAAUUUAAUAAUUAGAGCUGGCACCUUGACGACAGUGGUGGGCGCGGUAGGUGCGGGCAAGUCAACUCUGCUGCAGGCCAUGCUGCGGGAGCUGACGCCGCGCGCCGGCGUGCUGUCCGUCGCCGCGCACCUCUCCUACGCCGCACAGGAACCCUGGCUCUUCGACGCAUCCAUUCGUCAGAACAUACUCUUCGGCGAGGAGAUGGAUAUGCAGCGCUACAAGAUGGUACUGGAAUGCUGCCAACUGCAGAGCGACCUCGAGAUUCUGCCCCAUGGCGACAGAACCGUCGUCGGCGAGAGAGGCUCGUCCCUGUCCGGCGGGCAGCGGGCGCGCGUGUCGCUGGCGCGCUGCGUCUACCAGCAGGCGGACCUCUACCUGCUCGACGACCCGCUGGCGGCCGUCGAUGCCAAGGUGGCGCAGGCGAUCUACGAGGAGUGCGUGCGCGGGUUCCUGCGCGAGCGCGCGGUGGUGCUGGUGACGCACCACGUGCAGUUCGCGCGCCACGCGGACAACGUGUGCGUCAUGCGCGACGGCACGAUUGUUGCACAAGGCACUUACAUGGAACUUCAAGAAACGCUACCAGAAUUUGAAAAGCUAGUCGAAAGUGUUGUAGUUGAUCAGGAAAUGCAGAAGAAAGCAAAGGAAAACGAUGAGAGAUUGAAGGAGGAAAACGCAACGCGUCUCAAACGUGCAUUAUCAGUUACUUCGAAAAUUUCAUACGACGCGAAUCCUAUUGACCCUGAUUAUGAAGGUGAGGUGCAGAACAAGGGUACCAUAGACAGCAGCGUAUACCUGGCGUACGUGAAGAGUGGGGGCAGCGCCUUCUCUAUGGUCUGCCUGUUCUCACUGUUCAUCUUGGCACAGGUCUUCUACUCCAGCACUGACGUCUGGAUGAAGGAGUGGGUGAAUCUCGAAGAAUCUAACAACAUCUACAACCGUAAUAUGACGUUAGAAAAUCUGCCUUCGAAUUUAACUUCUCCCAAUUUUGAUACGACGGAGAAUCCGUCAAAUUACCUACAGCUGAGCCGAGAGCAGUGCAUCUACAUCUACGCGGCCCUCAUCGGCGUCAGCAUCAUCUUUACCUGGAACAAGCUGGUAGUUUUCUACAACACCUGCAUCAAGGCCUCCAUCAACUUACACGACUCCAUGUUCCGUGGAGUCACGAACGCUCCGAUGUGGUUCUUCCACCACAACCCCUCGGGCCGCAUCCUGAACCGCUUCUCCAAGGACAUGGGCCAGGUGGACUCCUCUUUGCCGGUCACUCUGCUAGACUGUAUCGGUUUCUUUCUGGAAAUCGUAUCAGUAUUGGUAGUGGUGUGCCUAGCUAACUGGUGGCUGCUGCUGCCCACUGCGGUGGUGGCCUUCCUGCUCUAUCUCCUGCGGGAACUGUUCCUCGGCACCAGCCGAGAGUUGAAACGGAUAGAAGCCAUCGCUCGCAGCCCGAGCUUGAACCAGGCGGCGGCGACGGUGUCGGGGCUGACGACGAUCAGGUCGUGCGGCGCGCGGCAGAGGACGCUGGCGCGCGAGUUCGACAAGCUGCAGGACCUGCACAGCUGCGCCUGGACCCUCGUGCUCGACACUAACCAGGCAUUUGGCUUCUGGAUGGAUAUGGUCUGCUGCCUCUACCUCGUCUUCGUUACAUUUAGUUUCUUUAUAUUUGCGAGUGAAGAGAACCGCGGCGGCAGCGUGGGGCUGGCCAUCACGCAGGCCAUCGGCCUCGUGGGCAUGUGCCAGUUCGGAAUGAGGCAGACUGCUGAUGUUGAGAAUCAGAUGACAUCAGUAGAGAGAAUAUUAGAAUACAACAAUCUCCCAGCUGAGGAACAUAUUGAGAUCGACGAAAGAGCUUUAAAAGAACAGAAUCCGAAUUUAGACUUUGACAAGUGGCCCGAGAAAGGGGAAAUUGUAUUUGAGAAUGUUUCCGUGGAAUAUGAAAGACCACCAAAAAAGGCGGGCGAGGAAUGUGAUAAAGCGGCAGAGGAGCCGGUGUACGCCAUCCGCGGCGUGAGCCUGAGGGUGCGCGCCGGGGAGAAGGUGGCGGUGGUGGGGCGCACGGGCGCCGGCAAGAGCUCGCUGGUGGCGGCGCUGUUCCGGCUGGCGCGCGUGUCGGGCCGCGUGGCGGUGGACGGCGUGCGCGCCGAGGCGUGCGGGCUGCGCGCGUGGCGGGCGCGGCUGUGCGCGCUGCCGCAGCGGGCCGCGCUGUUCGCCGCCACGCUGCGCGACAACCUCGACCCCGAGCGGCGCUACGGCGACGCGCAGCUGUGGGCGGCGCUGGAGCGCGUGCGGCUGCGCGCGGCGGCCGCCCAGCUGCCGGGCGGGCUGGCGGCGCGCGUGGGCGACGCGGGCGGCACGCUCUCCGCCGGCCAGCGCCAGCUGCUGUGCCUGGCGCGCGCCGCGCUCGCCGGCCGCGCCGUGCUCGUGCUGGACGAGGCCACCGCCAACGUGGACACGGAGACCGACAAGCACAUCCAGGCCACGCUGCGCACCACCUUCGCGCACGCCACGGUGCUCGCCAUCGCGCACCGCCUCAACACCGUCAUGGACUACGAUCGCGUCAUCGUCAUGGACAAGGGUCGUGUGGUGGAAUCGGGGCAUCCCUUCGAACUGCUGUCGUCAGGAGAUUUGGGAUCUCAUGGAGAUGAAGAUAAUGUAAAUAGGCAUAAUGCAGAAAAUGGGGGUAUUUUCAAGUCCUUAGUGGAACAGACUGGCCCGGAGACCGCGGCCAUGCUGCAUAAGAUGGCCGCCGAGAGUUACCAGAAAGUUAAAGCAAAGUAAGGAACGGAUGUAAAGUAUUUGAGGUCGCGUGUUCUGCGUGUUGCGGGCUGCGGGCUGCGGGCUGCGAGGACGCGGAGACGCGGUGGUGACGUCACUCGACGCGUGUUCCGCUUUAUUUAUUUUAAAAAAAUAUUACAGUAAUAAUGUAUGAAUAUGUAUAAUGAAAUAAAAUACUUAACUGCA